CCUUGAUCGAUGCAGACAAACAAGUCCCCUAUCUCUCGUCCGUCGCAUAGCAAAAAAAAUGCACCAGCACAUCACUCAAUUUGCUAAAAUGUGUUUAUAUUGUCUGACAUUUGCAGUGCAGUUUGUGUGCAGUAAUUGUGGCUGUAACCUCGUCAUCGUAACUCUCUAUAAUUGUCCCUCUUCCAAUUGAGACAGGAGCGUGCUUUGGACACACAGAACCGUCUCAAGGCAGCGACACACAGUCAUACCACAAACGCUUGCUAUGGUAUGCAUAUACAAGAAAAUUUGGACAGAUUCACUGAGACACCACGCCUCCGCAUUCAAGCCUUACUAGACGGACAUGCCAGGCUUUCGAUUUGCAUUCUAACUCGACUGAGCAGCAUCAGCAGCUUGCCACCCCCACUGCCUCGGCUGCCUCUACAAAGGCUGCCAUCCUGCCUCCGCCACCAUGUCAGUUCUGUCACAACAGCAGCAGCAACUGCAGCUGCAGCAACAACAGUACUGCCUACGUUGGAACAACCAUCGUACUAACCUGCUCGCUUGCUUCGAAGACCUUCUACACAACGAGGACUUCACCGACGUGACGCUUGUUUGCGACGGUGGUGCCCCCGUCAAGUGCCAUCGCAUGGUCUUAGCAGCUUGCUCACCUUAUUUCCAGCACCUUUUCACUGACUUGCCAUGUAAACAUCCUGUUGUCGUGCUCAAAGAUGUCAAAUAUGCAGAAAUCAAAGCUAUACUGGAGUACAUGUAUAAAGGAGAGGUUAAUGUAGCUCAAGACCAAUUAGCCGCCUUGCUCAAAGUCGCCGAGGAUCUCAAAGUCAAAGGCCUGGUGGAGGAAACUCGAGCCAACAACAACAGCAAUAGUAACACCAGCGGGGGCAGUGGAGAUGGAAGCCCUGCCUCCUCGACUCCCAGGCACCACCAUCACGAUCAAGACCGUCUCUCCUCCCAUUCACCCUUAGGCGCGGUGUCCACCUCCACCGCAGGCCACAACGCUGUUCAUAGUAGCAGUAGUGGGGCUGGCAGCCCACCACCCGCUCAACAUGCCACCAGCGCCAUCUACAAGAACCCCUAUAGUAUGUACGGUAGUAAGACACAGGAACACAAUCGCAUCCCGAACGUCCCUUUAUGGGCGGUACCCGGCCUGCCCCUACCCCCUCAUCCGUCAGUGCCUGGUACCUCCCCCCAUCACCCCACAGCCUCCGUUAUGUAUGACCCCUCAGAUUCGCCCCUAAAACGCAAGAAGCUCAGCGGUCUGCUGAUGAGUCGUGACACACCCAUCUUGAGAACCGUUUUGGGGGCAGGACAACAGGAGGACACUAGGGGACUGCACCAUCCACCGCAAGAUAGGCCUGUCAGUCUCGUGUGCCCACCUGACAGCGAUGGGAGUGGAGGAGAAGAUAGACUUAAGCAUAUGAAAAAUGAGCCAUCCGAAGAUGCCCAGUCACCGUACACGGAUUUCACACCCAUGACAGAUGACGAAGAGAAGUCAAAGCUAGCCAUCCCUUCUUCAUCCCCUCAAUCGUUCGGCCAGGAAAUGCGAACGGGUACAGGAGUUAAUGGAGGGGGUAUCGCCACCUAUGUUCCCGCACAGAAGCCAGAAUGGAAGAGGUACAAGCAAUACACCAGGAAUGACAUCAUGUCUGCCAUCGAAGCUGUGCGGAAUGGGAUGUCUGCCCUGCAGGCUGCUAGAAAGUAUGGAGUGCCAUCAAGGACAUUGUACGAUAAGGUGAAAAAGCUAGGCAUCACGACGAGCCGACCUUUCAAACGAGGCACGAACGGUAGCAGUCCCUGUUUCCCCUACGCUAGUGGCUCCCCCUAUGACGGCGGAUUGGGUGACGAUGGUCCUGUCACCCCUCACCACAACAACAAUAACAGUAGUCCGGCGGCAUUGGCACUAGAGGGAGCUGCGUUCCUACAGCAUGCCUUGGACAGGGGAGCAGUCGGAGCUGAAGAAAGGGAGACUUUGGUAGCCAUGGCGGCGGCUGCAGCGAUGCACAGUAUGGGGAGACCUCCAAGUAGCCCCAGCCCUACGUCUAUGAAGUAUCGGCCUGCCAGCCUUACGCCUUCACCAGCACCAGGAAGCGACCACCAUAACAGCCAUAGCGAAACAAACGGUAGCUCAGAACGCGACGAUCACAAUGACCAUGAUGCAGAUGCUGAUGAUGAAGACCAAGUUGAAGACCUCUCCAUCAACAGAAGCCACAAAGAGGAGUCUCCCGCACGUAGAAUCAUCAUGCCACCUAUGAGCCAGGUGGCAGCCAUCAUUAAAAAAGAACACGAAAUGAUGAUGGAGGGUGUGCAAGAACAGGAGUGCCGAAGAGAGGUGAACGUCAAAGAUUAAGUUAAAGGAAAUUUGGGGUGAAGUGAACCCAAGUUGUCGAUACACCUGUAACCCCAUCAAGCCGUUUAUUAUGAAAGAAACACAGCUGAACAUAGUUUUAAACCAGUGUUAAGUUUUAUUCUAUAUAUUUUAUGUGCAAACCUGAGAAACGUAAGAAAAAUAGGUCGCGAAUGUAAAAGGAUCGUGGACUGAGUUCAGUGCAAUAUCUAUAUCUGUGGUUGUCUGCCCGUACUCACUUGUUUAGGCUGUAAGGUUUAUCGUUAGUUUUAGGAAAUCGUUAAAGUCCAAGCGGAUUAGGUUCAAUUUCUUCUAAAUAUUUUUCUUUAGGCAAUCGAAAUUUCAAUUGGCACAACUUCGCACAUAACAAUGUGUAAGCAGAUGUGUUGACGCAUACAUUUUCAUCAAAUUCUGAACAAGGGCAGAGAAUAGCAAAGCUUGCUGCAAUUGGAUUACAGAUUAAAAAAAUGUCCUUGUCGUACAGACUCAUAUCAACAUGCCGAUUAACGAGGAUGCUCUGAAGUCGUUUCUUUAGAAAUAUCUAGUAAAACCAUAAUCCGCUUGGUCUAAAGUGUAGAUCGGGAAAUUGCUGGAUAGGAAAGUUGAUCUUGGAUGUCUUUUAUCUACAUCGUUUACUUAAUAUUUUCGUUACAAUAAUGUAAUUUUGCAUUUUGCUAUAAUGGGGUUUUCUACGUAAAUUAUGUUAGGGUGCAUGGACAAAUCUUGAUAACAAUAUUUCGCGCCUCGGAAAUUUUGGGAUUAAAAUUGACCAUGUGUACCUAAUUUUUGAAAUAUUCUUUCCUAUACAUCCUAAUUUCCUCGUCUACCAGAGUUAGCCUUAUACGAAAAAUUCGAGUGCCUGCCACGAAGAAAUAGCUGCUUGCCGCAGGACCAGCUCACUAUUUUUGCUACAAGCAUCCUUACGACUAGCUGGGGAUGCAACUCAUAAGACUGAUAGAUUAUAUGACGCGUUUUAUUAUGAGACUGAUAAAGAUAGAGCAAAUUUUAUGGUCCGAACGCAAGCAAAAAAUUAAUACAACAGACGUUGAGAAUCGCAAAACAUAUUUUAGCUUCCGUUACUUUCCUGCAUGUCGAAAGAGGGAUGAUACCAAAAAACAUAAUUUAACUUUUAGGAUCUACUAUGGUUGCCCAAAUUAUGUGAAUCGUUUUUACUUUGAAAGAAUAUAAGAAGGGUCAUGGAACCCCCACUUGUUUCUUGCUGUUAACAUUUGGAGGAGUAAGGACAAGCUCAUCUACUGUGACUCGGACUCCAAACCUGAUCAAGAAACUGUUGCUCGAAAUGCCAACAAAAAACCAAUGCUAUUACUCUUUACUUACACACUUUUAAUAUAUCAUUAGUAAAAUGCACCUUUAGAGUACAAAAAUAUGUAAAAAGCUAAGUUAUUUAUUUCAAUUUUAAGUAUAUUUUCGUAUGUUACAUUUAUUUUGUCGUAUUAUGAUUUCUUCAACAAAAGGUUCUUAUAUGGAAGUUUAAAAGUCUAAUAUCGUGUUCUAGCACACUAGACUUUUUGAUAAAGAAUCACAUUCCUGUUCAAGUCGCUUUUGAAUACCUACCAUAAAAAUUCGUGUCCCCACAACUUUAUUUCUUCAUAGAUAUAACCAAUUAACGCGGAGCUAAAAUAUUUAUGCAAUUCUCGAACGUUGUCCACCAGUGUUAUCUUUAAAAAGAUGUAAAUAGUUAUCGUAGGGCUGCAAGUCCAUAAUACUAGAUGAGAGGUGAAACUUAAUGUUUUCGCAUGUAUAUUAUCGGUUGAAAAUAAGUUAGAAGUGUUUGGUGUAAGGCAUUAUAGAGUAUCUGGAUUGUAAAAAUUUUAAAUUCAUAGUUAAGGUAACAAUUCUUUGUGGGUAACAAGCAUGGGAAAAUAUUGCCAAAAAUUUGGAUUAGUUAUGCUGAAGAUUUUUAACUUAUUAGCACUCUCAAAACAUUGUGUCUACCGCUCUAUAAUUCAUAAAGUUUUUGCGGUGUAAAAGUGGUUUAAAAAUAUAAAUAUAUUCGGAUAUAGGCUCAACGUUUGGUCUAAAUGAUAAUGUAGGUUAUUAACAAAAUUAAGAAAAUAUUCACGUGAAUGUCAUAAUACUUAUGUGUUGCGAAAGAAAAUAUGUUUGAAUUACUCUAGACGCCAACUGUCAACGUAUACUCAAGUAUCAGUUCAAAGAUGUGCCGCGUUAGCAGUGGUAUACAAUGUGUUAUUCCGUUUUUGAUAGCGGACUAUAUAGUCACGUCAUAUUGAGGUGAUUUUUGGCGCUAACGUACAUUUGUUACUGCAUAUAAUUUUGACAAGUGAAAUAUUUCUUAAAUUUGCGAUGUAUUAGAGUGUUCCUGGAUUUUUGCACUGUUGAUACAUAGAGUAAAUUUUAACUGUAAUCAGCUGCUCACUAAGCAAGAGCAAUAAGGUGACAAGCAUUUAUUAGUUCACAUAAUAUAGUAAUAUACAGUUUUUUAAAGUGUUGCACAUGCCAUAUUUGUCUUAAGAGUGGCCAUUUUAUAGCCAUAGCUGUGAUUUUUCCUAGACUGAAUACACAUAACAUUUCUCUUUAAUACGCAUAGGUUCAAUAGCUCACCCAUUAUGUUCCUCGUUUGAGUUCAAAUUUGACAACAAUGAUAAUGUUUCACUGGUUCUACAUCACUUCUGUAUCUUAACCGCCUUUAAAAAGUAUACUCUAACUAACACGACCUUUAGUCCACAAAUUGAGCAGAAUACCUCGAAACGAAUGAAAUUCCGUAAGUAUAUAGUAUGGUAUAUCCUCAUAAUCAGUCGUUCAAUACUUUAGCAGGGUGCAAUAGAUAUGUUUUUGCUGUAUUCACACUAGUGAGUAUAAUGGGAUUUUUAGGAAGACUGAUGUUUAACCUUUGUUUUCUUAACGAGAAGUUUGUCCAAAUGAUGCUAAAAACAUCAAUAGAAGUUGAAUUUUCAGCUUCAUAUGUAAAACCUAAGAAACUGAACAAGCAGUAUAUGUCGAUAGUAUCUCCAUAUGAACAAUUAAUUUUUAACUAAACGCGGACCAAUUUUCUAAGAUGUGCCUUUUAAUCUAUAGAAAAAAUAUAUUUCAACAUUCCAUUAGAAUUAUCAUUCAAAAUCGACAAUUCUUUGCGAACUUUUUGAAAAGAUUGAAACACUUGUCCGUAAAAGUUGUGUUAGCUACUUUUGCCAUUUUGUUUAAGACUGAUUACUAUUUGUUUAUUGUUAUCUAAGUAUUUUUUAGAGUUUUGUUAUGCCUCCUAUAUCGUAAUUAAGUUUAAAGAUCUCUUUUUACCUACAUACAGCCCAAAGUGCUAAACAUCUACCUCACGAAUAUCAUUAUUCUAAAUAUUAUUCAAUUGUAUAUAAUAUUUUUAUU